UCUCUAAACCUUAGAAAGCGAUAGAAAUGGAAAUCACUUCAUUUCUUCGUUUCUCCUUCCUCCUCUUGUUAGUUGUCCUUUUAUUUGGGCGUUCAUGGUUGCCUUCCAACAAAGGAGAUCUUGAUUGCUCUCUCAAUAAGCCAUGGUGUACCUCUAAAAACCGAAUUCAAGCCAAAUCAGGCCUUGUUCUAGACACCUUCAUAGACCCAAAACCUAUAGACCACUUCACUGAGAUCCCUCACCAUCCACUAGAUCCUCUCACCUUACAAGAAAUCAACAAAGUUAAAACCAUUCUCUCAUCUUACGAACGCUUCAUCUCUUCUUUCCCUGCAAUUCACUCUGUUUCACUAGAUGAACCAGAGAAGUCUAUCGUCCUCAGUUGGAAGAAAGGCGACCCUCUUCCCCAAAGAAAAGCCUUCGUGAUUGCAUUCUUGAAUGGCCAAUCCAACUUGCUGACCCUUGAUUUGGAAUCAGGACAGGUCAUAAACCAUGACAUAAGCCAGGGCUCUGGGUACCCAGCUCUCAGCUUCGAUGACAUGGCUGUUGCAACUAAAGCUCCUCUCACCAACCCAGAAUUCAUCGAGAUCAUCUCCGGGAGAGGCGUUAAGUUAUCCGAUUUGACCUGCGCACCACUCGCGAUCGGAUGGUAUGGGGUUAGUGAAGAAGGAAGAAGACUGGUUAAGGUUUCGUGUUUCUCCGGCGAAGGCACCGCCAAUUUCUACAUGAGACCCAUCGAAGGGCUCGUCGUAAUCGUCGAUGUGGACACCAGAAAGGUAGUUCGGAUCUCCCACACUGGUCGAGGAAUCCCAAUUCCUCCCGCCACAGACACCGAUUACCGCUAUUCGGCACAAAACAAACCAGAGGAGAUGAUGAAACCACUUAAUCCCAUAUCUAUAGAGCAACCCAAAGGGCCAAGUUUCAGCAUAGAAGAAGGGCACAUGGUGAAAUGGGCCAAUUGGGAGUUUCACCUGAAGCCUGACCCACGAGCUGGGGUUAUAAUAUCCCGAGCCAUGGUCCAUGACUCAGAAACUGGUCAGACCAGGAGUGUUAUGUACAAAGGGUUCUCGUCGGAGCUAUUUGUGCCUUACAUGGACCCUGCCGACGCUUGGUACUUCAAGACCUAUAUGGACGCCGGCGAGUACGGCAUGGGCGUGACGGCGAUGCCUCUGGUUCCUCUUAACGAUUGCCCUCGUCAUGCUUACUACAUGGAUGGCAUCUUUGCCGCUACCGACGGCAAGCCGUACGUUCAGUCCGAUAUGAUGUGUGUGUUCGAACGUUACGCCGGUGAUAUUGGUUGGCGACACUCAGAGACCCCAAUCAGUGGCAUGGAGAUUCGCGAGGCAAGGCCGAAAGUGACGCUUGUGGCUCGAAUGGCAGCAUCAGUAGGGAAUUAUGAUUACAUAAUUGACUGGGAGUUCCAAACAGAUGGGUUAAUUCGGGUUAAGGUAGGGCUCUCAGGUAUGUUGAUGGUGAAAGGGACUCCACUUCAGAACAUGAAUCAAGUGGGUAAUAAAGCUGAACGAGAUGCCAUGUCUGGGAUAUUAGUGUCUGAGAACGCUAUCGGCGUGGUACACGAUCACUUUGUAACCUUCCACUUGGAUAUGGACAUCGAUGGUGCAGACAACUCCUUUGUGAAGGUGAAUUUGGAGAAGAAAGAGACCUUACCUGGAGAAUCCCCUAGGAAAAGCUACUUGAAAGUCAAGAGAGAAGUUGCUCAGACAGAGAAGGAGGCACAAGUGAAGUUUAAACUCUACGAACCAGCGGAAUUCCAUGUGGUAAAUCAUGGCAAGAAGUCUAGGCUUGGUAACCCAGCCGGUUACAAGGUCGUCCCUGGUGGCACAGCGGCCAGCUUGCUCGACCACCAUGAUCCUCCACAAUCACGUGCUUCUUUUACAAAUAACCAGAUAUGGGUGACACCUUACAACAAAAGCGAGCAAUGGGCAGGAGGGCUUCUUGUUUGGCAAAGCAAAGGGGAGGAUACGCUUGGUGUAUGGUCUGAGAGGGACCGUCCGAUUGAUGAUAAAGAUAUUGUGUUGUGGUACACACUAGGAUUUCAUCAUAUACCAUGCCAAGAGGAUUUCCCAAUCAUGCCAACGGUAUCUUCAAGCUUUGAACUGAAGCCUGUAAAUUUCUUUGAGAAAAAUCCCAUACUAAGGGCAUCUCCUAACGUUGAAAAGGAUUUGCCUUUCUGUAGAGCUACUGCUACUUCAGCUUGAGCAGCUUUUAAUUAAGAGGAUUAAUCUCAUUAGCUCAACAAAUUAAGGGCUAAUAUACAUUAUGCAAUAAUAAGCAUCUUCUUAAGAGUAUUAUUAUUGUCCAUAAUUGUUUCUGAAAUUAAUGUUACUUCAAUACAUAUCUGGCUUACAUGCCAUUGGGGAAGUUUGAGGUUCGUUUGGUUACAAGUGAGUAAAAGGG